AUGAGCAUACGCCAAAAAUGUUUAUUUGAGGCGACCUGCAAGUGCAGAUGUAAGGAUAUAAAUCUUUGCAUAAAACACUAUAAUGAGCAUAUAGAGAGUGAAGCCGGAAGCCAUAUGAAAGAAGAAUUUUUUGAUGAAAUUAAUAUUGAAUCAAAAUCCUUAAUACUCAAUAAGCUAGAUUCUCUUAAAAUAGAAAUUCAAACAUUUCUUGCUAAAGAGAGAACUUUUAUUGCUCAAAAAAGUAAUUCUUGAUCUCUAACUCUUCCCUCAUGAGCGAUAAAAAAAAAUUUUUGGCCCACGAAGGGGUUAAUUUUUUUAUAUAAAUUUUAUAAAAAAAAAUUUUUAAAAACCCCAAUUGGAAAGCAAAUAUAUAAUUAAUUUAUAAAUUUAUGUUUUAAAAUGCAGUUUAUUUAAAAUUAAACAGAAUUAGCCGAGACUUCAUUAUAUUAACUACCACUUUAUAUCAAAAUACUUUUUCAUAGGCAAAUUUUUGCUCACUCAUGGAGGGUGGGUUUCUUGGCAAAAAAUAGGCAUUUUUCUAAUGAUUUUGUCGCUCCAUUAGAGGGUAGUAAGUGAAAUGCAAAUUCUAAUUAAAAGUUCUUCAGAAACAAUUCAAUUGAUAAAUAGUAUCUAUUUAUACAUUUUGAAAACUGAAAAAAUUCAGAAACAGCCAUGCCCAAGUGUUGCUGAUUUUUAUUUAAUUCAAACUCCUGAAGUUACUUCAAAAUAUAUUAAAGUUCUGAAAAUAGAUCUAGAAAAUAGCACCUUAUUGGAUGAAACGAAUGCAAUUAAAAAAAAAUUAGUAAACUUUAAUUUUUUUAGUUUUAGCGAGCAUUAUACAUUUGGCAUCACCAAUACUAACAUCAAAAAUGAAAAGAAUUUAUCCGAUGCUUUUUAUCGAAUGGGAUUUGAAUUUCUAUGCAAUAGAGAAUAUGAAAUGGCAGAAAUGACUUUUUCAAGAUGCAAAUAUAUUUAUGAUUUAGAAAAGACUGAUGAUAAACUUGAUAUUAUUAGGCAGGAACUAUAUUCAUCAAUUUUUCCAUUUCUCAAAGCCAAAGACUAUACACAUUUUGCAAAAGCAGUUAGGAAAGCCAAAGCAUUUUUUAAGGAAAAAGAUAGAGCAGCAUUAUAUUUUGAACUUGCCCAACUAUAUACUGCGAUUUCGCUCCAAAGAAAAGCAAUAAAAUGCUAUAAAAGAGCUAUUAAAAAGAUAGACAAAUCAAAUCCUCACUCCCCCCCAUCCUUGAUCGAACGACUCGCCAUCGUUCGAUCAAGGAUGGGGGUUUAAAAUUUUUUUUGGAAAAAAAAAAUUAUAUAUAAAAUAAAAUAUAUAUAUAUUGGUUUUUAUUUACUUUUAAAUAAGAGGGUUAAGAGUAUUUAAUAAUUAUUUUUCCAGUAAAAAAUUGAAUUAAUUUCAUAAGAAUACCAAUUUUUAAUAUUUUGAUUUAUUAGUUACCCGUUUCAACUGUAUAAAUUUUAAUUUGUUCCUUAUUGAAUUAAAUUUUUUUUUUUUAAUUUUAAAGAAUCUCUAUUUUUUAGAUUAUUGAGUUUUUAAGCCUAGGUUGAUGAAUAAAUCACUUCGAAUUGUUGAUUCCACAGCUUUCUGUCGUCUCAAAGCUCUGAAAACAAUUUCAUUAGAUACAUCUUCCUAGGCUUUUGAUAACUAAUAUAUUUUUAUAUAUAUAAAAAUUUACAUGAUAUGAAAAUCGUUCGAUCAAGGAUGGGGGUUAAUUUCCCCAAUUUUUUUAGGAAUUUUUACAGUCAAUCGUUGGAUCAAGGAUGGGGGGGGAGUCAGAAAUUUUGGCUGUUUUUAAGACUUGGAAUUCUCUUGAAAGAUGUAGGGAAAAGGGAAGAAGCAAUGAAGUUCUAUAAAAUGGGAUUAAAAUUUGGGAAAAAUAUUCAGCAUAAAGAUAUUUUUAAAGCUUAUAAUCUCAUUGCACUGCUGUAUUUAAUAAGCUCAAAUUUUAAAAAAGCAGAGACAUACUUUUGCAUAGCUAAAAGAAUGCUUGAGGCAGCAAAUAGUAAUGGUGAAGAUUAUGCAAUUUUUCUUUUUAGCUAUAGCACCAUGUAUUUACUCCCCUCCUCCGUUAGUGAACCAAAAAAUUUUGUUCGCUCACAGAGGGGUUAAUUUUUUUUUUUAAAAAAAAUUAUGUAUGGAAUUCCAUACAUUUUUUUUUAAAAAAAUUCCGGUUCGUAAAAUUGAGAAGCAAAAAAUUAAUUUAAUUUAUUAAAUUUAUGUUUAAAAAUGCUAGCUGCUUAAAAUAAACAGAAUUAGCUAGAGAUUUCGCUAUAAUAAUUACACUUAUAUAUCAGAAUUUUUUUCAUAAAAAAUUUUUGUUCGCUCACGGAGGGUAAGUUUUUAGGCAAAAAAUAGGGAUUUUUCCAAUGGUUUUGUUCGCUCACGGAGGGGAAGUUAAGGAAAAACCAGAUAUCAGAUGGUUUGGUUUUACUCAAACUGGUAAAACAAAUUUUUAAAAAUAAAAUUGUUGAUGAAGGGAGUCUUGCUGGAAUCUAUAUGAAUAUAAAUUAAUUAAACGAUUAAACUGGCCAUAAGCUAGCAAAUCCAUUAGCCUUCGCCUUUUCUUAGUUGCAAAAUAGCCACCUCCGCGUCCAGUGAGACAAAGAAGCUUUCAUUUUGGAUUUCCAGUCUGAAUUAUCCCUUCAAGAAUUAGCUCCCUGGGCAUAGCAACCGUCUGUAGAGCACUCCGAUGAUCCAAGUAAGGGAAGACCUUGCGGUAGGCAAAAACCUGUCUCGCCCAUCUUGCAGAGCCUGGCAAACCUUGGGUAGAACAAAAAAAAACUUCCCUCUACUGCAGGCUUCCCCAAACCUGAAGGCCUUCUGUUUUCAGUUUCAUCAGCAUGGAUCCUACCCUGAUCUAUAGGGAGUGUUCCUCGAAGUCCAAUUUCCGUCAACGUCAACAUUAUAUUUCUUAUAUCAAUAUAGGAAUUGCUUAUAGAAAAGUUAAAAAUUACAAAAAAGCGCACAAAGCCUUUAGAAAAGCAAGAAAUAUCUACGAAAAAUAUUUGCCACAAAAGCAUCCAGCUAUUGGAGAUGUCUAUCUAAAUAUUGCUAACACAGAAUUGGAUAUAGGAGAUAUUCGAAGAGGAAUUGCUCUACUAAAGCAAUCAGCUGAUAUUUGUAAAAUAUAUAAUAAUUUGGGAAAGCUCGCAGAUGCUUAUUUAAUUUUAGCAGGUGCAUACUACGAUAAACAAGAAUACCCUGAAUCUGAAGAAUAUCUAACGAAAGCUUAUCCGGUUUUUGAGAAGCUUGGGCAAAAUGAAAAAUUAUUUCAAUUUUAUCUUUUUAGAGCCAGAUUUUACAGAACAAUAAGAAAUUAUCAUAAAGCUGAAGAAAAUAUUUCUUAUGCUUCCAAAUUUUUAACUGGAGAAAAGAAGGAUGAAGCUGAUUUUAAUUUCGAGGUUGCUUGCCUGUGUGCUGAUUUAGGAAAUAAUAAUGAAGCUCAUAACAGGUUUAUGAAAUGCAAAGAGUUGAGAGAAAAUAUUUUAAAAGAUGAAGAAGAUUUAAGCACUCUAUAUCUUAUAAUGUCAGUUUUCUACAGAGGGCUUGGGCAUAUGAAUUUAGCUGAAAAUCUUUCAGUUAAUAAUUUAAAUAUAGCCAAAAGAAUUUAUCCUCCCUAUCAUGUAGAGUUAGCAAGGGCAUAUAUGGAAUAUGGCACCUUAUGCUCAAAAUUAAAUAGGGUUGAGGAAGCAGAAAAAUAUUUAAUGGAUGCUUUAACAAUUUUUCAAGGGAAAGACCCUUAUCAUCUUCCAGACCUUGCGACACUUUUUAUGAACAUAGGAAAUUUAAAGAAUCAAAAUCACAAAGUGGAUGAAGCCAAGGCUUAUUAUCAAAAAUGCCAGGAGUUUAAGUACCCGGCGGCGUCUAGGGGUCUUUGCUGGAACAGAUCAACACUUUGUCCUCCCGACAUUAGGCCGAUGGAACAAAAGCCGUAUGGCCAAAACCCAGUAACUAAGUGGCUUUUCUACGGGAUGUACGUGGGCUUCUCGUCCCCACCCUACGGACAAUUGAUUAUAUCGUUAAGUUUAAGCGGCUAGUCUAACUAAUUAAUUAUAACGUUUAACGUCCACUACGGGGUAGACUAUCCCAGACCCGCCACUUGCCUUUCGCCGCAUCGGGCCCACGAGUUGCUGGGCCAACCCGUCUCGAUCACCAAGGUGCGCCUAGGGCAAAUGUCACCGGCUUCGACGGCUUAAGCGGCUAGUCAGUUCCAGAUUCAGAGUCUCUUAUCGGAUCGCUAUUCCUCACUAAUGGACUGCAAUUGGUCUCUUUCUUUACUCUAGUUGUUUACCUAAAGCCCCGUCAGAAUCGCCACACCUGCCAUUUUUAUUUUUAAAUACCAGGAAACUUUGCAAAGAUGUGGGAUGGGCCACACAGUUAAUAUGGGUGACGUAAGUCUCAAUUUAGGGGCUUUAUAUUAUAAUCUUAAGGACUGAAGCUCUGCCGAAUCUCACUGUUUAAAUGCUAUAAAUAUUUAUGAAAAGUUGUUAGAUCCUUAUAGCAAGAAUUUAUUAGCUGUAUACUGAAAUAUUGGAAAUACUUAUUUUAAUAUGAAGAUAAGAGAUAAAGCCAUACAUUUCUACCUAAAAUGCAAGCUCAUUAUUGAAAAAUCAGAACCAAAUGAAUAUCCAGGAAAAAUUUUUAAUGAAUUGCAGAUCAAGCUAAAAAAGCUUGAAUUAGGAUCAAAUAGCAUGUAA